GCAGACCAAUCACGCCAUUUGUCGGAAUCGGCGGCUUCGCCUACUCGCAUCACCCGCGCCGCACCGCUCUCCUCCUAUCCCAGCGCCGUCGCGCAGACGCAGUCAGGAGAUCCCCAAUUCCCCCGUUUCCCCAAUCCCCAGAUAGUAGUAGUAGUAGUAGUAGUAGUAGGGGGAAAAACAAGGGGAAAGAAACAGCAGCAGCAGCUAGCGGAUGCAAGGCGAAAUGGUGGUUCCCGUCGCGUCGCCUUCGUCGGCGGCGCCGGCACCCUCCGCCGGCCGUCUCCAUCCGACAUACAAGGAGAUGAUCAUGCAGGCGCUGACGGAGCUCCGGGACCCCGGCGGGUCGAGCCGCAGCGCAAUCGCUAACUACAUCGCCGACCACUUCUCCGGCCUCCACUCUCGCCACGACGCCCUCCUCUCCGUCCAUCUCCGCAGCCUCAGGUCCCAUGGCCAACUUCGCCUCGUCUCUGGCAACUACUUCGUCUCCGCCGCCACUCAGCAGCCUGCUCCGGGUCAGAAGCGUGGUCGGGGCCGGCCUCGCAAGAACCCAGAUUUAGCCCCUUCCGCCUCGGUUCCGGCGUAUCAGGGCCCCAAGCGAGGGCGUGGACGCCCACGCAAGGACGCCCAAGACCCGGUGGCUUCCUCUCCUUCGCCGCUGCAGGGGGCAAGUGCUCCGCCGCCUCCAUCUGGGGUCAAGAGGGGUCGUGGACGCCCGCGGAAGGACGCCCUUGUCCCUCCUCCUUCCUCUUCUUCGCCACUGCUGGGCGCGAUUCAUCCGCCGCCUCCAUCUGGGGUCAAGAGGGGCCGUGGACGCCCUCGGAAGAGCGCCCUUGUCCCUGUGCGUUCCUCCUUUUCACAGCUACUGAAAUCUAUUGCUCCACCACCUCCGUCUGGGGUCAAGCGGGGGCGUGGACGCCCGCGCAAGGAUGCCUACCCUGCUGUGGCGCCGUUGGUUGGAGCUGAGCAGGGACCUUCUGGUGGACAACCACAGAGAAAUACGGCUCCUCUCUCACCGCCACCUGUCCGGCCGUCCAGGGUUGCUGUUGAUGUUAAUGCUUUGCGUGGUUCCUCCAUGAACAUAUCUGCCUGUAGUAACAGUGUGGUUGGUGGGAAAGAGAAGAUGGAACCUGAAUCUGUGCAGUCCGCGGAUGCUUCAUUGGCUAAGAGAGGGCGUGGGAGGCCCAGAAAGGAGAAGGCAUUGGAAACUAGCCACUUGAAAGCCGCACAGAUGACUGAGGGUCAACUUGAAGCUCUGACUGCACAAGCUGCAGACCAAGCUGAGGCUGUCCAAAAUGAAGUUGAAGCUAGGGAUUUGCAAUCCUUGGGUACUUCUUUGACAGAGAAGAAAAUGACUGAGAGUCAACAGGAAGCUCUGACUGCACAAGCUGCAGACCAAGCUGGGGCUGUGCAAAAUGAAGUUGAAGCUACGGAUUUGCAAUCCUUGGGUACACCUUUGACAGAGAAGAGAGGCCGCGGGCAUCCUAGAAAGAGGCCGUUGGAAACCGAAACUUCAGAAGCAAGGGUUGCUGCAUCAGCAGUGAAGAGAGGCCGUGGGAGGCCAAAAAAGGAGAAGACUUUAGAAACUGGGGACUUGGAAGUUGCACAGAUGACUGAGGGUCGACAUGAAGCUCUGCAUGCACAAGCUGUAGACCAAACCGGGCCUAUGGAAAAUGAAGUUGAAGCUAGGAUUUUGCAAUCCUUGGGUACUUCUUUGGCAGAGAAGAAGAUGACUGAGGGUCAUCAGGAAGCUUUGACUGCACAAGCUGCAGACCAAGCUGGGGCUGUGCAAAAUGAAGUUGAAGCUAGGGAUUUGCAAUCCUUGGGCACUUCUUCUACAGAGAAAAGAGGCCGCGGACGUCCUAGAAAGAGGCCGCUGGAAACCGGAACUGCAGGAGCGGGGGUUCCUGCAUCCACAGUGAAGAGAGGCCGUGGUAGGCCAAGAAAGGAGAAGACAUUGGAAACUGGGGACUUGAAAGUUGCACAGAUGACGGAGGGUCAACAUAAAGCUCUGCCUGCACAAGCUGUAGACCAAGGUGGGCUUAUGCAAAAUGAAGUUGAAGCUAGGAUUUUGCAAUCCUUUGGUACUCCUUUGAUGGAGAAGAGAGGUCGUGGGCGACCUAGAAAGAGGCCUCUGGAAACUGAAACUACAGAAACCCAAGUUGAUGCAUUGGUGAAGAAGCGAGGGCGUGGCAGGCCAAGAAAGGCCAGGCCUUUUGAAACUGGAUCUGUGGAAACUGCAGUUGAGGUGUCUAGGGACUUGGCAGAAGAUGGGCCUGAAAAAGAUGGGGAUGUUGUGUCAGGGAAGAAAGCAGAAGCUCAAGGUGUACUUUUGGUUGAGGAGAUAGACAAUGGCACUGCAGAUGCUGGAUGUUUGGUAGUGCCAAGAGAGGAGGUAGCAAUUGCUCCAAUGGAUGCUGGAGGUGUGCUAUUAUCUGGAGAGGAGGCAGCCGUCGCUCCCAUGGAUGCUGGGUGUGCAACGCCAAGGGUUGAUCCGAUGGAUGUGGGCACCAAGAGUCAUUAGUGCUCUGAUGGUGGCAACAACAAAAAAGAAAGAAAGAGAGAAUGAUAGUACCUGAAAGGUUAAGCAGAACAUGCAGCUGUAUAAGUCUGUUCAAGGAUAUAAUUAAUAGACAUACUGCAAAUAUUGCUAUAUGUUUGCACCAAGUUGAUUACUCGUAUGUUUUUGAGCAGUUCCAUUGGAACCUGCAUUUGAUGGGUUUCACUUUUGAGGUUGGAUUUAAAUAUCAAAUUCACAUCUUCUUCCUUUGUCAAGGACUAUAACAUUUGUAAUUUGUUGCUUGUACUGAAAACUAGCCAUGAUAAAGUUCAUUUUCCAGUUUCAACAUCUUUUA